AUGUAUCCCGGAAUGCCUUCGACAACUUCAAACCUUUUCACCAACUCUGCUAAUCAACCAAAUCAAAUAACCCAUCAACCCAUCCAAAACAUUUAUGUGAAUACACAUGCUCCCCCACCAGGUUUUGCACCCAUUCAAGCUGGAUUUGGUCAAAAUUACUAUAACAAUUUUGAGGGCCAACCAGCUUACAGUACUUACAUCAACCCUGCAUAUCAGGCGCAAGGGUCCCAGAUUCCAAACCCCGCAGGUUUCUCCUUCCAUGUGGGUCAAAUGACCGUCGAUGCGCCGUUUUACGGUCAAGGGACUCCUGCCUACCAAUAUCAGGUUCAACAGAUGAGGACUCAUGAUAAUUUCGUGAGUCAUCAACAGGCCCCACCUCACGGCCAAGUGCAGAGGAACCAUGUUGUGCAGGAUAUACCGGUUGCGCAGCCAGAGUACCGUCCCAUUAUUCCAGAGACUCAGUCAAGGAUCCAGUGGACCCCGGAGCUACAUGAAGCCUUCACCCGUGCGGUGGAGGAGCUUGGCGGCUGUUUCAAUACCACACCCAAGGCCAUACUAAGAAGGAUGAAUAAGAACGGAAUAACCGGAAUAACCAGAGAACAGCUCAAAAGUCAUCUUCAGAAAGUUCGAAACACGGCUCCACAAAACUCUGUUCUUGAAAUCCCGGAUAAUGAGGCUCGUAUGACGAAUGUCACAUUUGACUCUGGUGAAUUUGCACCCGUUGUUCGAAACACGGCUCUACAAGGAAUCUCUGAUAAUGAGCCUCAUACUAUCAUGACAAAUGAUGCGCUUGACUCUGGUGAAUUUCCACGCGUUGACGAGGAUCCAACCAACAAUCAGAGCUUUGGCUCUGAUUUCGAUUUUGAAGAGAUGCUUCAGAGAUUUUGUGAUGGCUGUUAA